AGAGGCCACCAUGGUGUCCGCCCGUUUCGCUCCCGCACUCCGGUCAAAGGUCGCGGCCUCGGUCGGCCCGCGCAUGGCCAUCCGGUCAACGCACGACCUCACGGUCCUUAACCAGCCCAAGACGAACAAGGCUGUGCCCAUCACGCGCGUGGGCUCGCCCAUCGGUGGCCGCGCCUCCCUCUCCGGCCACACUGUCACCGUCUUCGGCGCAACCUCCUUCCUCGGCCGCUACCUCGUCUCAAAGCUCGCAAAGGACGGCACCCAGGUCAUCGUCCCUUACCGUGAUGAGGACGCCAAGCGCCACCUCAAGGUGGCCGGCGAUCUCGGUCAGGUCGUGCCCCUCGAGUGGGACGCGCGCAAGCCGGACCAGAUCCACGAGUGCCUCCGUCACUCGGACACGGUGUACAACCUCGUCGGGCGGGACUGGGAGACGCGCAACUACUCGUACAAUGACGUGAACGUGACCACGGCCGCUACGAUUGCGCAGAUCGCUGCCGAGUCGGGCGUCGACCAGUUCAUCCACGUCUCGCACCUCAACGCCAACCCCCGCUCCACCUCCGAGUUCUACAGGACCAAGUACGCCGGCGAGCGGGCAGUGCGCGACGCGUUCCCCAACGCCACGAUCGUCCGCCCCGGCCGCAUGUUUGGCGGUGAGGACUGGCUGCUCAACGCCCUCGCGACCUGGCCCAUUCUCGGCAAGCUCAACAACGGCAACACCCAGAUCCUGCCGGUCCACGUCCACGAUGUCGCCGAGGCGCUCAAGGUCAUGCUCGACGCACCCGUCACCUCGGUGGCCAGCACCUUCUCCCUCCCCGGCCCCGAAAUGCACACGUACAGCUCUAUCGCGGCGCUCAUCUCCGAGCUUACGCUCAAGCCCGAAACGUCGCUGCCGGCUGUGCCCAAGCCAAUCGCGCAGAUCUUCUCCAACAUCAUUAACCGCGCCAUCUGGUGGCCCGUGCUGAGCCCCGACGAGCUCGAGCGCUACUACAUCAACGACGCGGGUGUGGAGAAGCUGAACCGCCCCGACAUCUCGGCGUACCCCGCCGGCUGGGCGCCAGAGUUCAAGGACGAGUCUGUGCCCGCCGUCGACGGCGAGCCGGUCAAGUCGUGGGGCGAGCUUAUGAUUGAGCCUGACCGCAUCGAGGAGCACGCGAUCAAGUACGUCCGUCGCUACCGUUCGUCGGCGACCUUUGACGUGCCGGUGGAGAUCGGCCACUUCAAGCGCCCCAAGCCAUACCAUGUUGUGCCUUAGAUUAAAUGCACAGGGAUAAAGUAGAGGGGGGAACGAAGAGGGAGAGGUGUGAGGAGAGUGGUGAGGAGGAGGAGGAAGGGGGAGGCGGCGAGGAGCAGGUGAUGUUGGAGUGCUGAAGUCAUCGGUGCAUGGGUGUAAACAGAGUGUGUGGCCUGGCCGCUGGUUACCGCGCACUGGUAUACAGGAGAAGUCGAAGAGGUGGAGAUAGAGAACAACGGACCACGGACAACGCUCAACAGCUCGUCGUCC